AUGUUCUUGAAGUUUCACUGGCAAAUAAUCGAAUCAAACCACUGGCUUAAGAAAAACAACUCAGAUCCUUAUUCACAUCAGAUGCGGCCGUACACCAAGGCCCGCACAAGCUAUAUAAGCACCAAUGGGAAGGUGAAUCUGACUGGGAUAACUCGGCCCCGCUGCAUUCCCGAGUACAUGCUGAGAACUGCUGAACAAGAGGGGCUCGGUUCUUUAGGUGAUUGGACGCGGCUGCUCGCUCCAGAGUGCACUCAGAAACCUUGUACGCUCGUCUCAGCCGUGAUUGGUCUGCUCUCGGUCGCCGGCGGUCUGCUUUGCCGAGGAGAUCUGCUUCAGCCGGGUACAAGGGCUGGUCUUGGUCGCUCGGGUCCGACUCGCCUCGCCGGUAACUGGUGCUUCGAUCGCCGGUUUCUGCUUGGCUAA